AUGGAGAAAAUGGAUAGACAUAGCAAUGUCACUUACUUUGUCCUCUUGGGUCUCACACAGGAUCCAAAGGGACAGAAGGUCCUUUUGGUUAUGUUCUUACACUUCUAUAUUUUGACCAUGGUGGGCAAUUUGCUCAUUGUCAUGACUAUAACUGUCAGUAGGACCCUGGACUCACCUAUGUACUUUUUUCUUGCUAGCUUAUCGUUUAUGGAUGUCAUUUAUUCCUCUACUAUUUCCCCUAGAUUGAUUUCAGACUUGUUGUUUGGGAAAAACACCAUAUCCUUUCAAUCUUGUAUGACCCAGCUGUUUACAGAGCACUUUUUUGGUGGAUCAGAGGUCUUUCUUCUGCUGGUGAUGGCCUAUGACCGCUAUGUGGCCAUCUGUAAGCCCUUGCAUUAUUUGGUUAUCAUGAGACAGUGGGUGUGUGUUGUGCUGCUGGUAGGGUCCUGGGUUGGAGGUUUUCUGCAUUCAGCCAUUCAAGUUAGCACUAUUUAUAGACUCCCAUUCUGUGGUCCCAAAGUCAUUGAUCAUUUUUUGUGUGACAUGUACCCAUUACUGAAACUGGUCUGUACUGACACCCGUGUCAUUGGCCUGUUAGUGGCGGCCAACGGAGGACUGAUCUGCACAAUCGUGUUUGUGCUCUUGCUCAUCUCUUAUGGUGUCAUCUUGCACUCUCUAAAGAACCUUAGUCCGGAAGGGAGGCGGAAAGCCCUCCAGACCUGUGGUGCCCACAUCACUGUGGUGGUCUUCUUCUUUGUGCCAUGUAUUUUCAUGUACGUGAGACCUGCUAAGACCUUCCCCAUUGACAAAUCAUUGAGUGUGUUCUAUACAGUCAUAACCCCCAUGCUGAACCCCCUGAUCUACACUCUGAGAAAUUCUGAGAUGACAAAUGCUAUGAGGAAGCUCUGGAAGAGAAAUAUAUCUCUUAGUAGAUAAGUAUAUAACCCACCAUGAAGAGACUUAUUUUCAUUGGACCCCCUUUUUGAAGAAUGCAGAAGUCUUAAAAUGAUUCUGAUUUCCCUUUUUUCAAAGAACUUAAUUAUAAUUAA